AUGUCGUCUGUGACUCACAUCCGUGGUGUGUUUGUGGCCGAGUUUCAUAUUCGCCAUGGCAAUGCCAUUGUCUUCCAAGAUCCACCUGAUCUCGAUACAGAUGGACUCGAGUGGAAAGUCUUACCCAGUGGCGCUCAUACCAUUUCAAGGGAUGCCAUCUACUUUUCAUAUGGCCAUGACAUGAUGGGCAUUGCUGCCUACCAUGCGCGCAGACUGAGUAACGAGGAAGGCGCAUCGCAACAACGCGGCGCACGAUGUAUCAGCAUAGGCGUGAUUCUCCCUUGCCCACAAGAUCCAAGCGGGCAACUCAGGAAUCUUCUCCCUCACCUCCCUGUGCUAGCGCAGCUCGCGGAUGACGUCGCGCAUGGGUUGAAAGCACCUGGCGUCGCUUUGUACAAUGCCCAAUAUGCCCCCGUGCAUCGCAUGUCGAUCUCUCCUACUCUUGAGCAACUAUCGUAUGAUCCUGCAACGUAUAUGCUGUCGAUGCACAGUUUUCUUGGGCCCCUGAUGGCUCCUCUCAUAAAGCUGCUGUUAUUGCCGCGGCGUCUUUUAAUAUAUGCGCCGGCGCCUGUGGAACGAGCUGCUAUUGUGGCAUUCAAUCUCGCUGAACUUGUGCACGCGGCCUUUGUCUAUGCAGUCCAUGUGCCUGGCCAUGUCCGAGUUCACGGCAUGCUGACGCUACAUGACUUGGACGCAUGGAAACAACUGACAUUUGCGGCAGAAUCAGCUUGGAUUGCAUGGACGUCUGAUCGGAUCCUUCUCGACAAGACGGAUGCAUAUGACGUGUGUCUUGAUGUUUCCGCGCUCAUGUUCCCCAGCGCAGUCGCGUCGCCGUCGCCCGCAAAGCCCUUGGCUCGCUUCGUGAAACAUGCCACCCUGCAGCCAACUAACCUGUCGUGGAGCACCCGCGAUUUAAGUCUGUUCAUGGAACUUGCUGAACAGGAGCGGCGAUACCAGGACCUGCUGGAGAGUGAAGGUCGGCCGAACUUUGAUGCUUGGUGCCAUGCCGAGCACCUUCCUAGCUCAUGCUCGUUGCAUGUCUCAAUGGCUACACCCUGGCGCUAUCGUCAACAAGAUGCGCGAAUGCUCCUCGUCGGAUACCUGGUCGUAUUGGUUGCUAGCAUUCGUUUUUGGCUCACAGAGUGGUGGCUGAUCCGCUCGCAGCUGCACGUACUUGUUCCUGUAUCAUUGGUGAUGCCUCUGGGAGUGCGUGGCGAUGGCGGUUUGAGCACGGGCAUCGUCGAUUUAUCUGAAGAUGCCGUAUCGGCGGACGAAUCGCGUACGUGUAUGUCACAGCGCCCUUGCUGGACGGCUGCGACGGCAGCUGGUGAAUCCAACGAUUGUAUGUCUGGUUCAAACGAAUCCGUGGAUCCACUCAUUGCUGCAUAUGGCCUCCCACAGUCUGGCAAGUCACCGCGUAAUUCAAGUUCGCGACUCAGUGCGCCGUCGAUACUGUCUCGGCGUUCGAGUUUGCAUAAUGAUCGCUCCAUCAUUCCUGCACAUCCGCGCUAUGACCCUAGUGAUGCGCCCCAUCUUCCGCUCGAAAGCAUGACAGGCAUUUAUAUUCGAGCUCGACACAUUCAGCUGUCGGCGUUUCUCGAAGAACGCAUCUCUACGCUGCCAAACACCAAUGAAUCUUCUGCCCUCUUAUUUCCACGCACUGUGAGAAUGACAAGCAGCAUGUUCGAAAGACUUGGCCUUGAUGCUGGCAGCUCUAUUGACCGAGCUUGGAUCCAAAGCUUGCUAACGCCGCAUUCAUGCUCCUUGCAAGUGUCACGUUGGCCUUGGUUCUGGUAG